GUCGCUGAUCAAUUAAUAAGCCACAUCGAAACAAAACGACAAAUAGCAUUUGCCAAAAUGCCAAUGAGGUAUUGACAUUGAGAGUCACUUCCUCCCUAACCACCGAAUCACGGAUCUAUCGUAUCGACGAUCUUCGAUCUUAACAGGGCUAUCUAUCGAGCAGGUUUCUUUAUUGCAAACGCCAGCAGCUUCGCGAGUCGCGUCGAGCAAGUCGAACCCAACGCAAUUAACAUUUGAAUAUUAUAUUCGCCAGUGAAAAGUUAGAUAACAGAUUCACACCGAUACCCUACCAGUCCGUCCAUAAACCCAACACAAAUAUAUCGCGUAUUCUGCAAUCGACCGCGAUGUCCGACGAACUAAGCGAACUGAUCGCACUCAGCUGCCCGGAUCUCACUGCUCGACCCGAGGGCACUCUCGAUAUCCAGCGUCGCCUCAGCAUCAAACAAAUGACAGCCACGGAGCUAACCAAUCUGCGUGCUGCAGCAGCUGCCGAGGCUGAGGCCGAGGCGCAGGCUCGAAUCCAAGCCGAGGCCAAGGCGCGUGCUCUGGCCGAGGCGCGGGCCCGAGUGACCGCCGAGAUUGAGGCCGCCAAGGCGCGUGCUCUGGCCGAGCAGCAGGCUCGCGUGGCCGCCGAAGUUGUGGCCAGAGCAUGCGAACUUGCCGAAUACGAAGCCCAGGAGCAGCUGCAGCGCAUCGCGGAGCAACAGCGUAAUUUGCAGGAGGAGCAACAAAGAAAAAAAGAGGUAACGCGUGAUCCUCCCAUUUCGCUGCCCAACAUUCUGGACGAUGCCAUGGAAAUGCAUUUGCUAAACGCUAGCGAAUGCAAUCCCUCCGUCUCUGGCCAAUGCACGUCGCCCCCCAAAACCAAGACCAAAGCGCAACUGGCCGACUCCAUUGAGUUGCUGCGCAUGCAGCGGGCAGCUCGAGACGCCCGGUCCCAGCAUUGCAGUCGGGAGCGCAGCAUAUCGCCAGCGGCGCGACAUCAUGAGAGAAGCGCUGCACCUGAACGCCUGCGCAGCUCCAGCAUUAGCAGCAUUGAUUCUGCCCGUGCCAGUGGAAGUGGAAGUGUCAGCGUUAGCGUUAGUCGUCGUGGCAGCACCGCCAGCGCCAUGAGCAGUGAUCCCGCAGCGGAUCUGACAGCACUACCCAAGUUUCCGCUGUCGAAGACGGUGUCCGCUCCGGUCAUAAACACUCGUCGCAGCAGUCUAACAGCACUAUUUCCGGGUCCAUCGCCGCUUGUGGCUCCGGAGCCAACGCUGCACACCAAUCCAGAUAUGGCGCCAGUAGCGGACACACCAAGGCCGGGCAGUCACGAGGAUGGAUAUCGUGAUAUACCCAGUGGUAAAAUGCUGCAUCGCACAAAGACCCCACCGCCAGUUGGUGCCAGUUUGGGCGUGUGCCUCAAACGGGUCGCGGCGCCCAGCGGCUCGAUCACCAUCAAGCCCAAGGAGCCGAAUAUGCUGGGCGUGGUGUUGCGCCGGGUCGAAAAGAAGACAGUGCCAUACAAGAGCAUUCUGGAUGAUGACAAACCAUUAUAUCAUCUGUCCAUUGUGCGCAGCGAUCACAAGGAAUACAAGCCAGCGCCAAAGCCGAUACCGAAGCCCGCACCGCCGGUGGUUAAGCCGUCGCCGGGCGGCAUCCUAACUGGGCCGCAGGUGGGGCGUACCGUCAACCGUCCGGUUGUGUUGCCUGCUAAGCCGCAACGGCCACAAAUAGGUGUGCCCAUAACCAUUACGAAAAUCGAGGGUGAUAAGAUAAUUAUAAUCAAAAAGAUUAUUGUGCCGAAGAACAGUAAGAUACCGGAACAGUAUCUGCAGGUUGUUGCUUAAAUGAGUCAAGAUGCUGGCAAGGCCAACGCCAUCAAAUCAACUCAGUCGGAGGCACCAAAUGCUGUGUGCCCCGCCAGCAGCACCGCCGCAAUGAGACCAAGUGAAGAAUCAUUCGCGUCGUCAUCGUCGCCAAAUAUUAUGCAGAAACCAACGCCGCCGCCCGCGAGCGGACAGCAGUCUUUCUUUCAUGUCGUUUCGCCGCAGUUCGCGUCCGUAUUCUCCUCUAGUUUGCCGGAAACGAAGUGCGCGGUUCGUUCGCCCAUCUCGUCGCCGUUGGCAUUGCGGAAGAAUCGGCCGCUGUUGCCGGCAAGUCCCAAGUCGACACCGCCGCUGCCACGCAAACAUCAUCCGAUGGCGUACAAUGCGGCCACAGGCGCCAUCACAACGCCAUCGCGUACAAUGGCCACCAUUGCGAGCAGUCCCGCCUCGAGUAUAUCGCUGUCGUCCUGCAGUACGCCAUCCUCGUCACCGCCGCCGCCAGUGCCAUGUCGCGCACCCAAGCAGAAGCCAAACUCCAACGCUAAGAUUCCCGGUGAGAUCAAUCUGGAUAAGCUGCUGCAGCAGCAGCAACAAUUGGAGGAGAAAUCGGCAGCGGCCACCAGCAGUGCUAAGCAGGAUGCUAAUUUCUAUGAUGCUGAGAUCGAGAUGAUGAAUAAGUAUUUGAAGAGUUUGCCCGACUAUAGUGAAUUAGAUCGCAAACUGCAUCAGGAGUUCCAGGAAUGCGAGGAUCUCUAUGAUCGGCUUAAGCGUCAGCAGCAGCAGCAGCCAUUAACCAAAUCCAAUUCGCAUCAAUCAAUGCCGCUGAAGACGUCGCAUCCCGCCCUGUCGAGCGCUGCCAGCACUGGCCUCUCCAAAUCGUCGUCCAUCAAUUUUGCCAACAAUCUGACAUCGAAUCGAGCACCUCGCCUCGCCUAUCCCUCAAUAUUUGCCCAGCCGAGCGGCAGUGAGCUACCCAAGCUGCAGCGCAGCAUAUCUAGCUCCAAUAUGCCAAUGGGCACGCCCAAUUCCGGUCCGCUGCGUCCACUGGACCACCAGAAGGAUAACCUGAUGAGCGACUCGAAUUUGUCGCUCAACAAACAGCUUAUGAACGAUUUCUGGAGCGAGAAUCUCUGCAGCUCGCAGAAGCGCCAGACGCCAAAGCGCACCUUCUGGAACUAUGAGAAGAUCUGCGGUGCACAGCUGGGCGAUGCUGGACAGCCCUUCAAGGUGGACGCGAAGACGGCCAAAAAGCUGGCCAUCUUUGAUCCCACUGUAGCCGAGGCGGCACAGAAAGAGUUGCAGAAACAGCUGCCGCAGGCGGCACAGCAAUCGCUGCCGUCGAGCCAUCGCCUACAGAAGAACGCCUCGUUGUCGCAUUUGGAUCUCAAGGUCAGACAGGCCGUGACCAAGGAUGAUCUGUACAAGCUCAUCGUAUGCAACGAACAAUCGCCCACGUCGCCAUUCAGCAGUCGAGUGCCCGUCAAGCAACCACAGCAGCCACAACAGCACCAGCAACUACAGCAACAACAACAACAGCCAGUGGCAGCAAAUGCCACUCAGUUGCUCAACAAAAGCGUCUCCAUGACGCAUGUGCCUGGAGGUGGCAGUCAGGCGGCAACGCCGCUUUUGCGCAGUUCCAGUCGCACACACAUACCCUGCUACAUGAAACAUCUGCCAUCGCUAACGCGCAGCACAUCCAACUCGGCUAUAUUGCUGCCCACAACAACACCGACAACGGCAACAGCACCAACAGCAACGCAGCCGCCAGCCCGCAAGGAGCCACUGCCACUAAAGCAACAGCCGUCCGCUGUAAACAGUAAACCAAAUGCAGGUGUACUUAAAAGCUCCAGCAGUUCCUGUGUACCAUCGCCGCGAUGCGCUGCCGCACUCUUUCGCCGACCCACAGAAACGACAGGCAAACAAACAGUCACUGCAGCUACAAAAGCACAAGUUCCUCCUCCACCUCAGGCCGAAUCGUCCAAGGAGUGUGCCUCUUUGGAACGUAAGUCGGAGAAGAGCAACAGCACUGUGAGCAGCAGUAGCUUCACUGUAACCAAUUGCUGUACCACGCAUUUGCCGCAGCUGUCCAAGUUUACUUCAUCCUUUCACAUACCCUCAACAGUAGCGACAACUGCAACAGCAGCGUCGCAGCAGCAACAGCAACCAAUUGCCAACUCGGAUCAGCCAACUACAACUGCAUCAACAACGACAACAGCAGCAUCAUCAUCAUCAGCAAUAGCAUCAGCAACAACGGCAUCAUCCUCAUCAACGUCAUCAGCAGCGACGAAGCGUCAAAAAGAUGUCGACAACAAGCAAGAAAAAUGUCUGAAUGACAUGCUAAAGCUAAAGAGCAACAACAACAGUGGAAUUAUGUCACAGUCGCUGACAGUUGAGCACAAAGAAGACGUUGCAGCAGCUAGCAGUAGCGGUGGCGUUAAAUUUACAACCGAAUCGCAAAUACCCGUGCCAGUGCAGCUCUACGAUCCGCAGAAGCCGCUGUUGCAGCAGCAGCAGCAGAGGAUGGCAUAUCCAAUUGGCAAGUCCAAUUCUACCUCUCAGCUGCCCAUGGGCUAUCAGCGACUGCUGCAACAGCAGCAACAACAACAGCAACAACAACAGCAACAACAGCAGCACCAUCAACGACAUCAACAACAGCAACAUCAGCAGCAGCAACAACAACAACAACAUUAUCCUCAGCAAAAGCGACCAUUUUUAAAUUGGAACUCGUUUGCCUGCUCGGCUAUGAAUGGCAGCAUCGAUCCCUUCCAGCAACAUCCGCACAAGCUGCAGCAAUCCUAUUCCUCUUCGCAUGUGGCCAAGCAGGCGCCGAAAUCCAGCAACGGCCUGGCCAUGUUCAUGCAAAAGAACACCAACAAGGAAAACAAAUUUGGCCAACCACUGCAUCAACAGCAGCAGCAGCAGCAGUUGCCAGCUGGCAUGGCACCUCAGAUGUAUGGCAACAGUUAUCAGGCUAUGAUUAAUACAAAGCCAACUUAUCAACGCGUCGGUGGUGGUGGUGCACCGCUGACCCACUCGGCAUCCUUUAGCUCCGCACAGCGGCCAAGUAUAAUGCAACCGCAGCAGCAUAACUUUGGUCUGGGCAUGAUGAGUCGCAACUAUUACAAUCUGCCCAAGCAACAGCAGCAGCAACAACCACAGCAACAUAUGCAGCAGCAACCGGCACCGCAUGAGCGUAAGCCACUGCAGACCUUCGAUCCAUAUGCAUACCUCAAGCCCAGCCAGAGUCAGGUGGUGCACCCGGUCAAGUACCAAGCCCAGACGCAACCACAUCCGCAUACGCAGUUUCACAACGCUUCCGGCGCUGGUGGUCCCGCGCUUCAAUACGAUCCAAAUACAAAUACGCAAUUGUUUUAUGGACCACUGCCGCCUUCAUCGUCAACGGGCAUGCAACCACAGGCAGCGCAACAGCAGCAACAGCAACAACAACAGCAACAGUCACUACAACAAAGCAAUUCUGUCAUAUUCAGCCACUCAAAACAACACUUACACCAGCAACAGCAACAACAACAACAGCAGCAGCAACAACAACAAAAUGAAAUGUCCAAGUCCGCUUUGGGCCUGCAUUUCAUCGAGACAGCAAAGCCCGUCAUUCAAGAUGAUGCUGAUGGUCACUUAAUUUACCACAACGGAGACAUUCUCCACCACAGAUAUAAAAUCAUGGCCACAUUGGGCGAGGGCACCUUCGGACGUGUGGUCAAGGUCAAAGACAUGGAGCGUGAUUUUUGCAUGGCCUUGAAGAUCAUCAAGAAUGUUGAGAAAUAUCGCGAGGCUGCAAAGCUGGAGAUCAAUGCUUUAGAGAAGAUAGCACAAAAGGAUCCGCAUGGUGAUCACCUGUGCGUCAAAAUGAUUGACUGGUUUGAUUAUCAUGGACACAUGUGCAUAGUUUUUGAAAUGCUUGGACUUAGUGUUUUCGAUUUUUUGCGCGAGAACAACUAUGAGCCGUAUUCCUUGGACCAAGUGCGUCACAUGGCCUAUCAAUUAUGCUAUUCUGUGAAGUUUCUACAUGACAAUCGAUUAACGCACACAGAUCUCAAGCCGGAGAAUAUACUGUUUGUCGAUUCGGAAUACACGUCUCACUAUAAUCAUAAAAUUAAUCGUGAAGUGCGCCGCGUCAAAAGUACAGAUGUGCGCCUAAUUGACUUUGGCUCGGCCACCUUUGAUCAUGAACACCAUAGCACAAUUGUCUCGACGCGCCAUUAUCGCGCGCCGGAGGUCAUACUGGAGCUAGGCUGGUCACAGCCCUGUGAUGUUUGGUCCAUCGGUUGCAUCUUGUUCGAGCUGUAUUUGGGCAUCACACUAUUUCAGACGCACGACAAUCGCGAGCAUCUGGCCAUGAUGGAGCGCAUCUUGGGACAAAUUCCAUAUCGCAUGGCACGCAAUCACACUCUUUACAGCAAAACCAAAACAAAGUACUUCUAUCAUGGUAAGUUAGAUUGGGAUGAGAAGUCCAGCGCGGGUCGUUAUGUGCGCGAUCAUUGCAUGCCGUUGGUACUCAGUCAACUGAGCGACACCGAGGAUCACUGUGAGCUGUUCAGCUUGAUCAAGAAGAUGUUGGAGUACGAGCCCUCGUCGCGCAUCACGUUAGGUGAAGCCUUAAGACAUCCGUUCUUUGAUAGACUGCCACCACACCAGCGUGUUGGUGAAAUGGGUGUGAGCAAGCAGCCUCUCUCGUCCGGCAGCAGCAGCCGCGAGCGAUCCCAUAGUCUGUCCAGAUGAGAAUUACAGCGAUUUGGUUAUUGUUGACAACAACGUUAAUCAAACACACAUACAAACAUGCAUACACACAGUGAGAAGAACAGUCAUCAAUCAAUGUAAUGCAACAUUUUAUAGCAGCAGCAGCACUAGCAACAGCGAGAAUAGCAACAGCAACUAUUAUAACUACAAUUUAAUACUUUAAUACUUAUGGCGAACCCUAAUUUAAGUUUUACAGUCCACAUAGAAAUUUUGUAACUUGACUUGUAUAGAAGGCAAUUUAUAUACAAACCCAAUUGUUUAGAAAAUAUUGUGUGCAUGCUGCACGCGCUGCUUCAUUUGAUCUGUGCAUUGUCUCAUCCACCCGCCAAUCGUGUUUUGUUUUGUAAUGAUAACCAAAUCGUGCAUAAUAUUAUUGAUGGUGCGUCCGUCCUGACAUAGACGCCAACCCCUAAAUACUGAAAUGUAAAUGACACAGAAAUGUGCACAGUCUUACCUUGAGAUAAAAGAGACACCAAUACGACUGCAAUGCUUAAAGAAAACUACAAUUGUAAAUGUAAUAUAUAAGAAAAACGAUAACGCGCUAGUUGAAAUGCAUCUCCAUAUACAAGCUGUCAUUGCAGUGGAUUUGCCACUAAUCUGUAAUUAAUCUACUAUAUAUUUCAAGUGCGUGAGUUGUAAGCUAAUGCGAGCCAUUGCUCUCGCACCCAUCGCUAACACAUAUAUGUAAACAUAUGUAAAGCUUGACUAUUGUUACAACUCGAGUGUAUACAACAAACAGCAACAAGCGCAGCGUAUUUUUGUAAAAAUUAUUUAGCAGUCAGUCAUACUUUCUCUUAGUUUAUGUUUAAAUGUGAAGAAUCGGCGCUGUUUGUUUAGUUUUUCGUCAACAUACAUGCACCCAGGCACAUACACACCACACCACACCAACACAUACACGCAUAUAUAUAUUUAUAUGAGAAAGAACACUAGAUAGAGGGAGAGCAGGAAGAAGUAUAUAGUUACAUAUACUUAACAUACUUAAUUCAAAUGAUUGUGAGUUAGUUUAAUAUUACAUAAAUAUUAAUUAUAAAUUACAUUAUUUGCAAUUAAAUAACCCGAUCAACCAGCAUAUAAGAUCUACAAAAAAUUUAAAUAUACAACUAUUAUUGUCAAGUUAUUCAAAACUGAACUAAAUUAAAUAAAAAAAAAUUACUUGAUUCUUUAAUUGGGCUGGUAACGUCUCACGUCCUUCUAAACUCUGUA